AGAAUGGACACCUUCCAAACGCAAGUCCAACGCGAGUUCGAUGGCCUGCGAGCUGAAAUUACCACCUUGCAAGCAAAAAACACCCAGAAAUCGAAGCUCCCAGAUCCAGAAAAGUUCGCUGGAAGUACGUACAAGUUCGACACCUGGCUGCCUUCAAUUAAGGCCAAGCUACGGAUUGACGGCCCGGCCAUUAGAGACUCCAUUGCCCAGUUUUACUAUGUUUACCUUAAUCUGGAGUCCUCUAUCCAAUUAAUGCAAUUAGAGGCUAAGGACCGUUUGUAUGCCCUCCGCCAAGGCAACGAUUCCCUUCCUGCCUAUAAUGCCAAGUUUGAAUGUACCCUGUAUGAAGCGAAUGGCCAAAGCUGGCCAGAUAUUAAUAAAAUUUCCAGCUUUCGCAAUGGCCUCAAUUCCGCAAUUCGCUCUCGUCUGGCCCAGCAGCUUGUUCUACCCAGGAUCUAUACUGAUUUCCUGCGUACGGUUUAG